AUGGAACCCAUUGAUGAAAACGAAGAGCAUGUUAUAAAUGAGACCGUCAAUAGUGAUUCAUAUGUUGGUGAUUUAGAUGCUAACAAUUUUGAACAACCUUCUCUUGGAAUGGAAUUUGAGUCACAGGAAGAUGCUUAUUCUUUCUAUGUUCGAUAUGCUAAAUGUGUCGGAUUUGGUGUAUCCAUUAAAAGCAGUCGCCGUUCAAAAAUUUCUAGACAAUUUAUUGAUGUGAAAUAUGCUUGCACAAGAUAUGGGAAAAAACGAGAGUCGACCGCACAAAAUCCACGUCCUUGUUUGAAGGUGGAAUGUGAGGCUGGCUUACAUAUUAAAAGAAGAUGUGAUGGAAAAUGGGUGGUCCAUGGCUUCAUCAAAGAUCACAAUCAUGAACUUUUUCCAACAUAUGCACAUUAUUUUCCAUGCCAUAGAACAAUCAAUAAAGCUCAACAGAAUUGUAUUGAAACUUUGCAACAUGUUGGAGUGAGAACAAGCAAAAUCUUUGCCACAAUGGCCAAACAACACGGAGGAUAUGAGAAAGUUGGUUGCUUGGAGAAAGAUGUUAGAAAUUAUUUAGAUAAGGACCGUCGUUUGAAUUUAGAAUCAGGAGAUGCAAAGGCAAUGCUGGAGUAUUUUAUACGUAUGCAAGAAGAAAAUUCAAGAUUCUUUUAUGCAUUUGAUUUGGAUGAUGAUGGUCGUGUAAAAAAUGUAUUUUGGGUGGAUGGAAAGGGUAGAGAUGAUUAUAAAGUGUUUGGAGAUGUGAUUUCCUUUGAUACUACAUAUAUCACAAACAAAUAUAAAAUGCCAUUUGCUUCAUUCAUUGGUGUGAAUAAUCACUUUCAGUCAAGAUUACUCGGUUGUGCAUUACUAGCAAAUGAGACCUCUGAGAGUUUCAAAUGGUUGAUGAAAACAUGGCUUAAGGCAAUGGGUGGGAAACCUCCAAAUGCAAUGAUAACUGACCAAGACAGAGCAAUGAAAGUGGCUAUUGAAGAGGUAUUUCCAAAUACCCGACAUCGUUUUUGUCUUUGGCAUAUACUUAGAAAGGUGCCUGAGAAGCUUGGUCAUGUAAUAAGAAAUAAUGAAGAUUUCAUGGGAUAUUUUGAUGCAUGCAUAUACAAGUCUCUGUCAAUACAACAGUUUGAAGUUAAUUGGGCAGAAAUGGUAGAGAAAUUUCAACUAUCAAACUCAGAGGAUGGGUGGAUUCAGUCUUUAUAUGAAGAACGUAAACAUUGGGUUCCUGUUUACAUGAAAGAUACCUUUUUCGGUGGCAUGUCAACAACUCAAAGAUCAGAGAGCAUCAACUCUUUUUUUGACAAAUAUGUAGGCAAGAAAACUACAUUGAAAGAAUUUGUUGAAAAAUAUGAAGUUGCUUUGCAAGAUAGGGAAGAAGCAGAAAUGCAUGCUGAUUUUAAUACAUGGCAUAAACAACCAGUUCUUAAAACUCCAUCACCUUUUGAGAAGCAAAUGUCAAUGAUUUAUACGCAUGAAGUAUUCAAAAAGUUCCAAGUUGAAAUUAUGGGAUUAUCUGGAUGUCAUCUUAAGAAAAGGAAUGAAGAUAGUCAGCUCACCUCUUUUACAAUAUUCGACUUUGGAAAUAGGGAAGAAUUUGUUGUAGAGUGGGAUGCAUCGAAAGAGAAAAUUUCUUGCAUAUGUUGUUUGUUUGAGUAUAAUGGGUAUCUUUGUAGACAUUCAUUGAUGGCCCUCCAAUAUAGUGGUAUCUUUGCUGUCGCAUCACACUACAUAUUGAAAAGAUGGACAAAGGAUAUCAGAAGUCGGCAUCAUAAAAGAAAAGUUAAUGAAGAUAUUUGUUCGAAGAAGGAGAGAUAUGAUCGUUUGUAUCCAAAGGCCUCUCAAUUGUUGGAGGAAGGAUCAUUAACUAAUGAGAGUUAUAACUUUGCAUGUCAUGCACUGGAAGAGGCCUUGAAACAAUGUGCAUUCCUUAACCGAUCCUUAAAAAAUAGCCAAGAAAAUAGCAGGAAGAGCACUUUGCUUGACAAGAAACUACUUGAUCCUCAAGAUUCAAAAACAAAAGGGGCACCGAAAAGAAUAAAGAGCGGCAUUGAAAGAGGUCGAAAGAGAAAAUCUACUGGUAGCGUGAAAAAGGCUGCAAUCGUUGAAAAAGAAGCAAUAUUUGUCGCUGAUGAAGUUGUCGCUGCAUCAACAUCAAUGGCAAAACAGUAG